AUGUUGAGGUCCCAAGUGAAUUUGAGUGGUGCAUUGCUAAGCGGUGGUGUGUUUUUUCACAUUCGUUGUUGUGCUUAUAUUUUGAAUUUAAUUGUGCAAGAUGGGUUAAAAGAAAUUGAUGAAUUUGUUCAAAAGAUUCGUGAGAGUGUCAAAUAUGUUAAAGGAUCUCUAGCAAGAAAACAAAAGUUUGUAGAAUGUAUUACUCAGGUUUCUUUAGAUGUUAAGAAAGGUUUGAGGCAAGAUGUUCCCGCAAGGUGGAAUGCUACCAUUCUUAUGCUUGAGACUGCCAUCUAUUUUCGUCGUGCUUUUUGUCACUUGGAAUUAAGUGAUUCAAACUACAAGUGUUGCCCAACUCAAGAAGAGUGGACCAAAGCAGGAAAGAUUUGUAGUUUUUUGGAAGAAUUUUACAGUGCUACAAAAAUAUUUUUUGGAACAAAGUAUCCCACAGCAAAUCUAUAUUUUCCACUUGUGUUUUUAGUUCAAAGAAAAUUGGUAACGGAAUUGAAUAGCAAGGAUGCAUUUAAGCGCAAAAUGGUAGGUCAAAUGUAUUUAAAGUUUGAAAAGUAUUGGUCGGAAUUUAGCACAAGCCUUACUUUUGCUGUCAUUUUAGAUCCUCGCUACAAGUUUGCAUUUGUGGCUUUUUGUUACAAGAAGAUUCAUGGUAGUGAUUCUAAUAAGGGAGAGGAAGUCCGUGAGAAGUUGUUUUAUCUUUUUAAUGAAUACAUGGUUGAUUCUCCUCUAUCUGCAAACACAUUAACUUCUUCACAACAAGUUGGAAGUAGCUCUCAUGAAAUGGUUAACGAAUAA